AACCAUGAAAUAUUAUAUAAAUUCCAUUAUAUAAACAAACUUCAAUAAAAAUCAAAGAUAUUGUGGGACUAACGAAAUUAAAUCCUGCUUAAAUCAAUGAAAGAGAGUUAAUACAAAAACACUCAUUAAAUCAAGUGAACAUUUGAUUAAAACAAAGAAAGUGAGAAAAAAACUAUAAGAAUAAAAUAUAUAAAAUACAAGAAAAUCUAUUAAAUAAGAUCCCGUACGAAAAGGGAUCCAAAUGUCAAGUGUUUCCCAUUAAAACGAUGGAUAAAAGGCUCAGCGAUAGUCCCGGAGAUUGUCGCGUAACCAGAUCCAGCAUGACGCCCACACUCCGCUUGGAGCACAGUCCCCGGCGGCAGCAACAGCAGCAGCAGCAGCAACCCCAAGAACAACAGCAAGUAGAGUGCAGUGGCAGUGGCAGUGGCAGUGGCACUGCAACAACUGCAGCAUCAAUAGCGAAAUCAAAAUCGAAAUCCCCUACACCUCCCACCAAAUCCCACGCGGGGGCAGGUGGUGCCCCUCAGCAGCAACAGCAGCAGCAGCAGCAUCAUCAAUUCCGUGCCCCGCAGCAGCAGCAGGGACCGAAGAACAAGAACAAGGCCUGGAGCAAGCGGGGGAACAAGACGAGCGGCAAGCACAGUGCCAGCGCCUGUGUCGGCAUUGUGCAGUCGCAUCCAAAUGGCAGCAGUGGGGCAAGCGCCGGCGUGGGUAUGGCCGGCGGACAGCCUCCGGCGGUGGGAGGCGGCGGAGUGCUGCCCACUGUGGCGGCGGCCCACAAGGCCGAUCUGGAGAAUAUACAGAAUAUCAAGAAUCAAAUAUCCGGCAAUGCGAACCACCAUGGGGGCGGCGGUUCGGCCUCCCAUCACGGCGGAUCGCACCAUGUCGGCGGCACAGGCGGCAGCGGGGGCGGUGGGGGACACCACCAUCACCACAACACGCGACUGGCGCAGAUUGCUGCCGGCACGGGCGUGGGCGUGGGCGGUGGCAAUGGCAUCUCAAUUGGAGCGAUGGACAAGCACGGACUGAAGUCCCAGCAGCAGCUCUACAAGAAAAUGCUGGCGCACAGGGGCCAUCAUCAUCAUGUGCUGUGCGCCGGAAACAAUGCCAAUCACACGUGCUGCCUGGUAACCGGAUGCAACGGCACCAGCGGUGGAGGAGGUGGAGGAGGGGGUGGCGGCGUGGCUGGUGGCAACAGUGGAGUCAAUGCCACGGGUGGCGUAAAUUCCUGCAAGGAUGCACAGAGCAACAAGGACACCAGCUCACUCAGCGGAAACAGCAACAUCUCGGGCAGCGCAGCAGCCGCGGCGGCGGCAGCAGCGGCCAAUGCGGUGCACUACUGCUGCGGCCGGUCCAAGUUCUUCCUGCCGGAGAAGCGGCUGCGCAAGGAGGUGAUUGUGCCGCCCACCAAGUUCCUGCUGGGCGGCAACAUCUCGGAUCCCCUCAACCUCAACUCGCUGCAGCACGAGAACACCUCGAAUGCCUCGAGCAGCAACAACACGCCGGCGACGACGCCGCGCCAGUCGCCGAUUACGACGCCGCCCAAGGUGGAGGUCAUCAUACCGCCCAACAUCCACGACCCGCUGCACCUGCUCGACCCCGUGGACUCGAUGGAGUACGAGAAGCAGCUGACGUCGCCGAUGAAGCGGGGCGGCAUGCUGACGCGCGGCAGCCACCUCAAGUUGCAGCUGCAGCCGCAGGCGCAUCACCGCCAGCACAGGCCGCGGAAGAAUCGCAAGCGGCGACGCUUCGACUCGAACAACACCUCGCAUGCGGGCGACGAUGGGGGCGAGGGCAGCGAAACGCUUUCCGUUUCGUUGGACGAUGCGGGCACCUCCUCCUCGGCGGCGUCCCCAGUGGCGCCACACAAUGCCGCCGGCUCUGCAUCGGCGUCCAUUAGCCUGCUGCUGAGCGAAGCCGCCGCACCGGCAUCGGCAUCGGGCGGUACGAUGGAAAUGGGCCAGCAGCAGGCGCAUGUGCGCUCUCCCCAGGCCCUCACCAUGGCCACGGCCGAGAUGCCGGCCCCCACGCUCACAGAGGCGGCUGUCCAGUCGGGCGCCGCACCGGCAACGGAACAAAUGGAAUCCAACAUGAGUCUGCUCUCAUCGCCAACAGCGCCGCCAGCUGCAUCAUCGUCGCCGCAGCAGCAGCAGCAACAUCAACAGCAGCAGCAGCAACAACAACAGCAGCAGCAUCAGCAGCAGCAGCAACAUGUGUCCAGUGCAGCGUCAGAGGGGGCUGCGACUGCGGCUGCCCCCACAGAGCUGCUGCUGAGUGCAUCCACUUCUGCGUCGACCUCGGCCGCAGCCCUGGCCGUGGCCUCGACCCUGGCCGAGAGGCGGGCCCUGGCCAGCCGGGACUUGCGCCUGGAUUUGAGUAGCACGUGCUACGGCGUCGGCGGCACGGGCCUAAGCUUUGGCAGCAGCAGCGCGGCCAGCGUCGGCAGUGGUAGCGGCAGCGGUGGUGGCGGUGGCGGUGGCAGGAAGCGGAAAAUCAGCGAAAGCAACAAUUCGCAAAAGAGCAAGAAAUUCCAUCGCAACGAUGGCAUGGACAAGAUCGUGAGUCCGGUGGUGCCACAGCCAGGGGCAUGGAAGCGUCCGCCACGUCAGCUGCAGCCCAGCGGCGCACGGAAACCGAACACGCGACGCUCCACGUCUUUCAGCGAGACGGAACUGCUCAGCCCCAUAGAGGAGCAGCCGCCCCGACAGUUGCCACUCAUUGAAGUGAACAUCCCUCGCGACGAUACGCCAGAUCUGUCGGAGCAGGGCCUGGGCAGCCCUCUGAGCGCCACAUCGGCGGCCACCUCGCAUACGGCGGGGGAACAGGAUUCCCUGCUGCCGGAUACAGCCACCAUUGCCAGCAGCGGCUGCGAAGUAGAGGCAGCAGCAGGAGCAGCAGCAGCGGCGGUGGGGCUGAUGCAGCUGAAGGCAGAGGAGCCAACCCUUAUGCUGGAGCCGGCCCUGAUACCGCCCCUCAAUAAGCUGCCCAAGUUCCGGGCGGAUGGGGUGAAGUACCGCUACGGAAACUUUGACCGCUACGUGGACUUUCGGCAGCUGAACGAGUUCCGGGACGUGCGGCUGCAGGUCUUCCAGCGGCAUGUGGAGCUCUUCCAGAACAAGGACAUCCUGGACAUUGGCUGCAACGUCGGCCACAUGACCAUUACGGUGGCCCGCCAUCUGGCCCCGAAGACCAUCCUGGGCAUCGACAUCGAUCGGGAGCUGGUGGGCCGGGCCCGGCGCAAUCUGUCCAUCUUUGUGCGCAUCCCCAAGGAGGAGAAGGUGAAGGUGGAGGUGAAGCAGGAGACAACGACGCAGCUGGUUAAGGACGAGCCGAUGGACGAGGAGGCAGCUGGCGGGAGUCUGCACAAGAAAACGCGACGCGGCAAGAAGCGACGAAAGGCGCAGCAGGAUCAGCAGCAGCUGCUGCAUCCUCACCACCAUCCUCACCAUCAUCAUCAUCAUCACCAUAAUCAUCAUCACCAUAAUCAUCAUCACCAUAAUCAUGAGAAUCAGAAUCAGGAGCAAAAAUUAGAUGCCCUGCUGGUGAAGCCGCACGAGUUUUUUCCCAUCUCCUUUCCGCUGACGUAUGGCGGCAUGCCGCACCUGCCGCCGCUGGCAGGGAAAUCCCCGAACCUCACGAACAAGAACCAGUUCCCGGCGAACGUCUUUUUCCGGCAAACCAACUACGUGCUGAAGGAUGAGUCGAUGAUGGCCAACGAUACGCAGCAAUACGAUCUCAUACUGUGUCUCUCCGUGACCAAGUGGAUGCACCUCAAUUUCGGCGAUGCCGGCCUCAAGCUGGCCUUCAAGCGGAUGUUCAACCAGCUGCGGCCGGGCGGCAAGCUCAUAUUGGAGGCUCAGAACUGGGCCAGCUACAAGAAGAAGAAGAACCUGACGCCGGAGAUCUACAACAACUACAAGCAAAUCGAGUUCUUUCCAAAUAAAUUCCACGAGUAUUUGCUCAGCUCCGAGGUGGGAUUCAGUCACAGCUACACGCUGGGCGUGCCCCGGCACAUGAACAAGGGCUUCUGUCGCCCCAUUCAGCUGUACGCCAAAGGCGACUACACACCGAACCAUGUCCGAUGGAGCGAUGCCUACUAUCCGCAGACGCCGUACGAGGCAUACCGUGGCAUCUAUGCCACCUUGCCCGCGCAUCGCAUGGGCGGCGGAGGCAGCAGUGCCGGUGGCAGUCACAGCGGGCAUGCACCGCUGCUGCAUAUGAGCAGCUCGAGUCGGUCGCAGAACUACGACACGCCGCACUAUGCGGGCAGCGCCUCGGGGUCGGCCAGCCUGCGGCAGACGCCGCGCUACCAGCCCACCUACAACCCCCUGGAGACGGACUCCUACCAGCCCAGCUACGACAUGGAGUCGUAUGGCGGCAAUCACAUGUACGUGUUCGCCUCGCCGCUCUACCAGACGGUCUGGUCGCCACCGGCCUCGCUGCGGAAGAGCUCCUCGCACACGCCCGUCUUUGGCAGCGUGCGGGAGGCGGAGCUGGACGGCGACAGCAGCAUCGGGGGCGGCGGCAGCGGCGGUGGCAGCUACCACAGGCACGUGUAUCCGCCCAACGAUGACACCUGCUCGCCCAACGCCAACUCUGGCAAUGCGUUCAACUCGAUACGCGACGCGGACACGGAUGACUCGAAUCAGCUGCCCAGCGGCAGUCGGCCCCAUGUGUAUGCCACCAAUUGCGGCGAGAGCUCCUCUUCGCCGCAGGUGAACCACCACGAGGCCACCGCAGAGUUUGUCGAGGAUGGCCUCAUGGACGAUGAGCAGCAGAAGACGCUGGUCGCUGGCAGCACUCCCACUGCCUAUCACAGUGAUCUGUCGGAUGCCUGAGCGGGCGAGCGUGUGGCCAGGGGCGGGCGAAAGAA